UCCGCAGCGCUUUACGACAGGCCCUAAGGCCCUUCGCGGGCUUUACGACAGAGCUCUGGUGCCGUACGGCGAGUCGGGGACGGCGGGGCCCCGAGCCGUGUCCGCUCCGGCCGCUUCCCGCCCGCAGCAGCGGGGCUCCGCCGGGUCAGUCAUGGCUAGUACUCUGAUAGCGGUUGGUCUGACAAUAGCUGCUGCUGGAUUUGCAGGUCGUUAUGCGUUACAAGCUAUGAAGCAAGUGGAACCACAAGUAAAACAAGCCCUUCAGAGUCUGCCAAAAUCUGCCUUCAGUGGUUAUUACAGAGGUGGAUUUGAUCCCAAAAUGACCAAACGAGAAGCAGCUUUAAUAUUAGGAGUGAGUCCUACAGCCAAUAAAGGUAAAAUUAGGGAAGCUCACAGACGGAUCAUGCUUUUGAAUCACCCAGAUAAAGGUGGUUCUCCCUAUGUGGCAGCCAAAAUCAAUGAAGCUAAAGAUUUACUGGAAGGCCAAGCUAAGAAGUGAAUGUGGAUAUUUAGUUGUAAAUUAAUGGUUUAGUUUAUGUAUAUUAAUAUCAGUUUUGAUAACUGACCCAAGGAAAGUUAUCCUUUCCUGACACCAAUCUUUUUGACUUGAUCAAUGAUUAAACUAAUGCAGGGAACCCUCCCCCCCAUUUUGGUUGGAUCAUGUGUAUCUUGUUUUGGGGAGGGUGGGGGCUUAUAAAUAGUGGCUUAGAAUAAUUUUUGAAGUACUAUCUCUAGUAGUGGUACAGUUUACCUCUAAUUCAAAGUAUUUUUCCUAGGAUGACAUGGAAAAUAUUGUGAUUUGGUCUGGCUAAUGUAUAUUCACACAAACAGCCUGAGUCUUGAGCACUCUGAAAAUGCUGAAUUUCUGUUUAACUAGGUACAUCUGUUUGAAAUUCAUGCUGCUGUGGCUUAAUAUGCCAAAGUUAGCAAGAUGAUACUAAUAAGAGAAAAGGCUGGGUUGAAACAGCCUAAGGAAAAUCAUGGAUUUAUUUGCACAAUAGGAAUAAAGCAUUUAGAAAUUUAGUUACAUUAAUGCAACGUGGAAAAUGGAGAAAGUGGAAUGUACUGAAUUCUCUUGUAAGAUAACGUGUAUUAACUUUCAAAAACAAGUUGGCCAUAGUCAGUGCUAUUGAUUUGUCUCCAUGUAUUUUUUACUUAUUUCUACACUGAUUUUCAUUAUUUUUACUGAUUCCACAGCAUUUAAAUAAAAUGACAAACUUAUACUUGUA